CCUCCAGAGCAUAAACCUCAAUCUAUAGAUUUGGCGCUGUAGUCAACUGUAAUGUGGGAGAAAAUUUUCAUCCAGAUUUUCUUAUAAGCAUUUCCCAGUGACGAGUCUCACUAAGGUUAGUCGCAAAAGUCUAUGCAUUUAAAGGACAUGUACUAGACUCAAACUACAGAGAUUUAUUCUGUAUUAUUAGACUUCAAAAUACUGAGUUACAGCAUUAUCAUUGUUCAAGCUGUUCGAGUAUAUGUUCAGUAUACUGACAGUUUCUGACAAAACAGCUGGUUUGUAAAUUGUAAUUUGUCACAGGAUGUGGGCAGUAUGCAUCUUUUGUUGAAACAUAUACUUCGACAUAACCAUAGACUCAGAUUUUAAAACUAUAGCUGCCCGUCUGUGCAUUUUAUACAUUACCCAGCAGUUACACAAUUUAUUGCAUUAACAAGGAGCAUGGCCACCAUCCACUGUUCCAGUCCAUACACAUUUCAGUUGACUACAAUGUGUUUGGAAAUUAUGGUGAAAAACCAAAGUAGCUGCACGGACUCUACCAAAACAAACGAAGGUCCCUCUGUGAUCAAACCCUCGCUGUCUCACUCAGCUGUCAAUCUGCAGCCUCCCACGUGGUCUGCAGGGCGGGCGCAUCUCAACUAGUUGAACGUGCAACUUUUAGGGAGGCAAACAAUUGGACGCAUUGGUAGUUGCACUUGCACAUCCAUGUCGGAUACUGCCUAACAGGAAACAACGACCUGCGAGUCAGAAGGCGCCUCUUCUCUGCUUGGCACCCAGAUCGCUCUCAGCCGUUGCCUCUUGUUCCAAGACUAAUUUAAGACAGCGCUUUGAAUACUGAGUCUAGCGUGCUGGAGCUGGUUGUUGUGUAUGCCUUAAGAACACUGCUUAGUUAGUCCACAGAGGCUGGUUACAAUUUGGUUGCAGAACUGCACCAGAAAAACACGCCGUUUGGGUAAUUUUCUUUUCACCAAGCGAACUUUGAAGCAGGAUUUCAUCAUGGAUACAGCCAGCGACUCCAUCGGGGAAAGUAAGCCGGUGUGUCAGUGUGCCACCAAGUCUGCGGUGCAGCGGUGGCUGCCAGGUUUUCCCAUCGCUCUGUGCUUGCUGAUGUCCCUGAGCUCCAUCACAGUGUGUCUUCUGAUGAGCUUCAAGACCUUCCAGCUGGAGAACCGACUGCAGAUGGAGAUGGACAAAGCGUCCAUCUUCAGCCCGCCGCACAGGGCUUUUCUAAAUGAGGAUGGGACCCUAAUUCCAGAGCUGAGCAGCCCAAUUGGGAAGCUCGUAAAAGAGGAAAUGGUGGUGCUGAUGCCGAAAAUGCGAACAACAAGGGAUGUUGGCCAAGAGUGCUCCUGUCCUCCAGGUAUGUGGUUCAAGUUUUCCCUCUCCCUACUUCCCCUAUCAUUCUUUUUAUCAAACUCGCACAUAUUCCUAAUUUUCCAAUCACUGCCUCUCUGUUCCUCACUGAUAUGUUAAACCACCGCACUGUCAAGACAUUCAACACAUGAGAAUGAAUGACCUUUAUGUGUUGAGCCAGCGGUGGUAUGGAUUGGGGCAUAUAUGGCUGCGGUGCAUAUAUUGUAUGCACAUUGAAAAUGUGCCAGUAAAUAUCAUUAAUCACAGCCUUGUUUUGGCUCCUCUGAGUCAGCCAUGUGGAAGUGAUUUCUGUGGCUAGAAUGCUGUUUAACUAUUGGGCCCUGCGAUGUAUUCUGUGUCUUCAGCAUUUGUCUGUGUGUUUUUUAUUUUCUGUUCUAGUCAGAGUUGCUCACACUGUGACUGUGCAGUUAUUCACUCUGUCUAAAAAUACAUACUCCUCCCUGGUUCAGCCCCUCCUCCCUCUGAGGAAACGGUGGUACAAGUCGACUAUUUUGUUUUCUCCUGUGCUCUUGAGAAAUUUCUGCAAAACAAAAAAAAAAAAAAAGUAUGACAAGAACAACUUUAAAGCGCAAUUACAAUAUUAGGUGCGGGCAAGCCACUGUGACGCACACAUGUCUUUACAUGUUUGUGAAUCUGAGUGCAUGCUAACACAUCCAUAAGUAUUUCCUGAUGGGUGCUCGGUGGGUCCGGGUGCACACAAGUGAUGAGGAAACCCUUUACU